UCUAUUUAAAACAAAACAAAUGCAAUAACAAGGUGUAUAUAUAAGUUACAAAACUCUGAGAUCAAAUUGUAAAAUUAAUAACAAAAAACAAUGAGAAUUUCAAACAUUGGCUUCUUCAUUAUCUUGCAGCUGUUGGGUCUUACUCUAUGGCUGUUGAAUUCUCAUGCUACUGUUGUUCACUCUCAGAAGGUUGAAUAUUUGCCCGGGUUCGAUGGCCCUCUUCCUUUCUCGCUCGAAACCGGGUACAUUGGAGUGGAUGAAGGAGAAGAGGCACAACUGUUUUACUAUUUCUUUGAGUCCGAAAACAAUCCAAAACAAGAUCCGGUGAUUCUCUGGCUAACCGGAGGCCCUCUUUGCUCUGCAAUGUCUGCCAUCCUCUAUGAAAUAGGACCUAUACAACUUGAAGAGGUGGAUAAUGUUGAGACUAUACCCAAAUUGUUCUUGAGGCAAUAUGCAUGGACUAAGACUGCAAGCAUACUCUUUGUGGAUUUUCCUGCGGGUGCUGGCUUCUCUUAUGCUGAAACAUCUCGUGCCAAUUACUCUGGAGAUUUUAGGGCAUCUCAUAACAUUAAUCAAUUUUUAAGAAAGUGGCUGCUCAAUCAUCCACAAUUCCUUUCAAAUCCUUUAUACCUUGGAGGUGACUCAUACACAGGAUUUACUCUUCCCCUAUACUUUAUAGACAUGAUUUAUGAUAAUGAAAGAGGGGGACAACCAUUUCUAAAUCUCAAGGAUAUCCUGAGAUCGAUUCUCACCUCGCCCUUUAAUAACAUAUUUGAAUAUUUUUAUAUCCAGGGCUAUAUAUUGGGAAAUCCUGCCACUGAUAGAUUUAUUGAUAGCAAUUAUCAAGUCCCUUUUGCACAUGGCAUGGGGCUCAUUUCUGAUGAGCAGUAUAAGUCAUUGCAAAGAACUUGUAGAGGACAAUAUCAAUUGGUAAAUGCAAGAAACCAAGAGUGUAGGAACAAUAUUAAGAAUUUUGAAUGGGGCCUACUUGGUAUUCAAAUUACCAUGACAUUAGAGAAUUAUUGUGAUAUUGAUUCUCUAAGAAUUCAUGGAAUCUCCGGUAGCAAGAGAAGGAUGAUGAUUGAUAGAGUCAACAGCCUACUUCAUCUCAAACAACUUGGUGCUUAUGAUUGUCGAAAAGAAGGAUAUUUAGUUGCUAAACAAUGGAUGAAUCAAAAGAGUGUUCAAAAGGCUCUUCAUGUUCGUAAGGAAACUAUUGGAAAUUGGAUAAGAUGUAAUUAUAAAUUCAACUAUUCUUAUGAGGUUCCAAGUAGUGUGCCAUACCACGUGAAAAUAAGUGCCAAAGGCUUUCGAUCACUCAUAUACAGUGGAGACCAUGACAUGAUUGUCCCAUUCCUGGGAACGCAAGCAUGGAUAAGAUCUUUGAAUUACUCAAUUAUUGAUGAUUGGAGAAAAUGGCUAGUUGACGGCCAAAUUGCCGGCUUUACAAGGACAUAUGCUAAUAAAAUGACAUUUGCCACCGUUAAGGGAGCUGGACAUACUGCUCCUGAGUACAAGCCAAAGCAAUGUGCCUUCAUGUUUAAGAGAUGGAUCCGAGGGGAAGCUUUAUAAUAUUCUCACAUUAUAAAAAUUUAAAUUUAUGCAAUCUGUAUUUUACUUUUCAAUAAUGAAAGCAAAUAAGUCUUAUUUGUAGGCCAGGUAUGAUUUCCUCAUCAUCGAUCUUAGGUCUUAAGUUGUUUACACCUUUUCAUAUUUCACAACUACAUUUCCAAACAAUUCAUUAAGUAUAUUAGAAUGAGAUUUCCUUGAGAAAACUGUUGAAACUUUCGAUGGUUUUUUUUUAUUUUUUUUUAUUUUUUUUAUUUUUUUUGAGAACCGAUGUUUUGGAUUAAUGCUUGUAUUACUGCAAUUACAUAUUAUCCGGUUA